AUGGUGGGAAACACUGCGCGAGUCGCUAUGGUGACGGCGCUCGGCUUGACUGCGUGAUGGGUUGACAGGUUGCGCGCGCGGCUGCUAGUUAGUGCUCUACGCGAGCAUGUACUCCAAGAGUGUGCGGGUACCGUCGGAUAGUCAAGCCAGAGAAAAGUUAGCUCUCUAUGUUUAUGAAUAUCUGCUACAUGUUGGAGCUCAGAAAUCAGCACAGACCUUCCUCUCAGAGAUCCGAUGGGAGAAGAACAUCACGCUGGGAGAGCCACCUGGGUUCCUUCACUCCUGGUGGUGUGUUUUCUGGGAUCUCUACUGUGCAGCUCCAGAAAGGAGAGAAACAUGUGAACAUUCGAGUGAGGCCAAAGCUUUCCAUGACUAUGUGAGUGACUUGCUUAUGAGUGCAGCAGCCGUGUCCAGCCCUGCAAGUGGGAAUCUCCCUCCAGGAGAUGGAAUGCCAUUACCCCCGGGAUUCUUUCAGCAGUUCAUGUCCCCCCGUUGCCCUGGAGGCCCAAGAGCUCCUCUCAGAAUGCCAAGUCAGGCAAUGGGUCCAGGCAACCAGCCAAUUUUAAGUGGAAUGGAUCCUAUGAGACAGCCAGGUCAUCUUCACAUGAAUGGGCCAAUGCAGAGAAUGAUGCCUCCAAGAGGAAUGGUUCCUAUUGGGCCACAGAACUUGGCAGGUGGAAUGAGGCCUCCUGUACAUUCAUUAAUGGGACCAGCAAUGCCUGGCAUGGCUCCAGGAGGAGGAAGGUCUUGGAUAAAUCCUCCAAAUGCCAACUCAAUUCCAUACUCAUCCUCAUCUCCAGGAAGUUACACAGGUCCAACAGGAAGUGGAGGAGGAGCUCCAGGGACACCGGUUAUGCCCAGUCCCGCAGAGUCAACCAGUUCAGGAGACAACAUGUACAGUGUGAUGACUUCGAUCCCUCCGAAUGGAAACAGGCCGAAUUUUCCUGUUGGUCCUUGUGUUGAUGGUGCAAUGGGAGGAGUUGCAGGAAUAGAAGCUCAUCCUCUGAACGGCUCAUUGGCAUCAGGUGACAUUGACAGCCUCCCAAAGAGCUCCCCUGGGAACUUGAGUAUGAACACCCAGCCCAGUACGCCAAGAGGUGACGGAGAAAUGGCAAGCAGCUUCCUCAACCCGUUUCAGAACGAGAGCGUAUGUCACCAGUACUCUCCUAAUAUGACGAUGAGUGUGUGAGGCUGAACGGAGCAAUGAAGAAACAAAUGCACUUGGAUUCUCAUCAUGGAUGUUCCCCGUGGGAGUGCUGAAGUGCAACAUUCAAACAUUUCCCUGGUCCAGCACAGCCAAUAUGAACAAACCACAAGCAGGCUUGUUAGGCUUGUUUUAAUGUCACUCUGUAGCUCAAGUGUGGAAAAAGAACAAUCCAAACAUUUCUGCAGAAUUUCUGCUUCAUCUUUUCUCAUGCAAUUUGUCGCCGUCUCGAUGCAUGUCUUGUUAUUACAUAAUGUUAUCCUCAUAAGUCAUUUUGUUAAAGUUUCUUCAGAUCUGACAGGAAUUCUCUGGGGGUUGCUGCUUUUUUAGGAAACAUCACUGUUAGUCAGCCGUCUUCAAAUGUGAUGUACUUUUUUUUUUUAAAUUGACCCUGAUAAGUCCAUGGGAAAGGAAUGUUGAUAGAAUGCUUAUGUUUCCUGUGGCUGACUUCCUUGUGUAUAUUGUUGCAGUUUCAAUUUCUGUUCAUGUUUUUCUUGCACAUUUCCUGGAACAAUACAUUUUGUUUACAUAAUA